AAUCGUUCAAGAGUACAAGAUGUCGGAAGCUUGGAUGUUGGUAUGGUUAUUCCGGAAAAAGGAGCAUCGCAAAUAAAACCUGUUGAAAUUACUGUAGAAACUCUUCAAAAAUAUCUAGAUUUGGAGAAAGAGAUUCAACGUUUUGAAAAGCGGCACAUUCUCGAUAAUUUUCAGCUUAAAUCGGAGCAACUUGAUCAAUUAGAGAAAACUUUGCAGAUUCUCCAAGAAAACAGAAACGUGCAAGCUCAAAGUUUGCAUCAAUUGCAAGCUGCUAUUGACCGAACAAAUGGAACACAAUCCCUUAAACAAUUUUUAUUUGAAAAAAGCCAAAAAGGAGAAGUUUUAAAUGAAGAUGAAGAAGAAUACGUUGAUCUUCUAAAUCGCCAGGAGGUUAUCGAAAGACAAAUCGACAGUACUACAAAACAAAGAGAUUUGCUAAAAGAAGAAAUUUCUGCUUUGACGAUAGACGGAGAAUUACUUCAGAAACUAUACGUGCAGAGAGACGAACUUCUAGAUAGCAUUUUUGGUGGACAAUAUGGAAGUGAAAGGGAAAACAGGCUUGAAAAAGAGUAUGAUUUACUUUUGGAAAGAAAGAAUCACAUAGACCAAGCUCAUUUUAAGUGGAAACAAGCUCAAAUAAUGGUAAAACAAGCCUGUUCUCAACUCGGCCUUGCCGUUCAAAAAUGGAAAGAGCUUUUAGAGAAACCAGAGAACGAUAUGGAACAAAGGUAUUAUCAUGCUGCUGAAACUAGGAAUAAUUUAGUGGCUGCCAGCCAAAAUCUUCAAGGAGCUCAUAGUUUUCUGCCUAAUAUUGCUUUUCCGUAUUGCGGAGAAGAUGAAGUAGAUACCCUGAACAAGGCCGUCACAUUCAUCUUCACCGAUAUGCAGACUCCUGAAAGAUAUGAACAUGCUUUGAAUUGUUACCAUACAACAUAUCGUCGAUCUGGAGCCUUAAAACAGUGGUUUGAUCAGGUACUCACUACGACUAUCUCCAAAGAUUUGGCUGAAAUUACUGAGGAAAGUAAAGCGAAAGCCCAGGAGUUACGGCAAGAAAGAAUCUAUCUCAUUAAAUCUAAAGUUAAAGAUAUUACUGGGAAAGAUGUGGACUUCGAUGCAAGAUCGCUUGAUACGGAAGCAGAGGAUGCGGCUGCUGAUGAACAAGUGGCAAGACUUUUUGAAGCAGAAAGGCUCGAAGGAAAAAAUCAAAAUUUCUUAACCACAAGUUCAACCCUACCGCCAGCACCUACCCCUGUACCUAUUUCUGAUUUAGCACCGAUGCCUACAAAUGAAGAAAUAUUUGGAAAAAUUGAUGAGCUCCGUAAGAAGCACGCGGUUGAAAUGGCAGAUUUUGAAAAAGCGCAGACAAUCAACAAGGCAAGAACUACUCAAGGCUUACAGGAGAAAUUGCAAGCCAGGAGAAGUCGGAGAAGUAGAAUGCAAAAUCAUGAGAGGGAGAUAGAGGCAAUGCAAUCUGCAUGAAAAAAAUAAUUUGUUAAAUGGAAAUUUCUUCGUGGUGGAAAAUACGAUAAUCAUUUCAAACUAAUUUAAUUUAAUCUUGUUAAAAUAGUUCAACGCGGAAAUCUUUUGUUAAAACUUAAGAAAAAACGAACAAUUUUAAAAACUUUAAAAUUUAUUUGCUUUAAUUUGUUGUGCCAAUAAGAAACAAAAUCAUCACUUACUACUUCUUACUGAUAUUCAAGUUCAUGUUUUAAAUAAAUUUACUUAAGUUAUAAAUAAAUUUGAAGUUCCAAACAAUGUUAUGAAUUUUAUGUCAAAAAGUUUAAUCACAUGAUUAAAUUAUCGAUAUGAGGAAGCGUGAAACCUUAUAUAAAACGAUUUUAGUCCAAAGUGUGUAGAAGUGAAAUUAUUCCGUAACAGUCGAGGAUGCACUAUCAAGUCAUACCUCUAAAUGAAUUCGACACGUAUUCAGUAUUAAAAAAAAUAUAUGACAUCGAAAAUGGUAAGGGGGAGGGGUAUAAAUUCAACCGUGUCAAACAUUUUAAGAUUUUAAUUAAAAACAAUUUUUUCCAGUGCUUCUGUAAUAUAAUUGCAUUAAUUUCAGUUAACGUACAUUCAAUAAUCAAAACGUUCUAAAAAACAAAAAUUAUUUUAUAAGUACAUUUUAAAAAAAUCUGAAGAACAGUAUAGUAGUUUUAAGUUAAUCCUCGAAAAAGUUUAUUUCAUGAGUAACUCGUCAACCUCAAAAUAAAAGUCAACGUUUAUAUCUUAGCAGCAAUUUUAAAGUACGCAAUGCAAAAUGUUUAAGUUUGCUUUGGAAUGAUAAAACAUACAUACGUCAAAUUCGGGACCGAAAAAUUUAUUCCUACCAACAAAACAAUUUACCAAGUUCUAAUUUAAUGGAAAGUUUAAAACUAUAAGGGAGAUCUUUCCAUUUAAGAAAACAGACAAGUUUUUGUCAGUCAAGAGCAGUUCUAAGACUUUCCUACUGAAACUUUUGAUGAUUUUGUACAUGAUUUUUUUUACUGUAGAUCUGUUACUUUGGUUUUAGUUCAGAGAACAAAUGAUUGAUUCAUGUGAAGAUUGAUUCUUCACACACCUGUCAAAUAAUGUUUGUAAAAUUUGUUAAGAGAAAAUUUA